AUACAUGCAAAUACAGAUCGAAUUGCUAAUAUAUUAUAUCCUCUAUAGCUAUGGAAUUCUGUGCCCCAAUUGCUUGUGGGCGUUGUUUAUUGAUGGCGCUCGUCUUCCUGUCUGCCUCAGCUAUUGCCCAGACGACGACAACCAACUUGAGCCAAGCUGCAGCUCCGAUUGGUCGUCGAGGUUGCCCAACCCGGUGCGGAAACUUGGCGAUUCCGUACCCAUUCGGAAUAGGAAGUGGAUGUGCAUUUGAUUCCGAAUUCCAGAUACUCUGCGACACCAGUUCCAAUCCACCCAACACAGUCCUCACUACCGGAGCGGGCAACCCUGCCUUAGUCUAUGACAUAUCAGAUAGGCAUAUAUGGGUUGGCGGCGGCGGCGGUAUAACCGUUUGCUACGACUCCAAAGGAGCAUGGCGUCCUCUGCAAUUCCCUUUCAACUCUACUUCUCAAACCAUGUCGUUCCAAAGAUUAAAUCACUACAGCUACUCCCUUGAAAACAAGUUCGCCAUUGUAGGCUGCGACGACACUUUGCUCAUAUCCCACGGAACCAAUGACGUUUCCAGUUGCACUUCGCGCUGUUCUAAUGCCUCUCAAGUGCCGCCGGUUAAUGGGACUACUUGUUCCGGUGUCGGCUGCUGCCAAUUACCCAUGCCAAAAGAUUUGAACAAGUUGUACAACAUUAGCAUGGUCAGUGCCAUGAACCACACCAAGGUCUGGUCCUUCAAUCCCUGCGCCUACUCCUUUUUUGGAGACACGAGUCGGUUCAGAUUCCUUGGCGCAUCUGAUUUGAACAAUCCUAAUUUUCCACGGAGGGUUCAUGAAACUGUUCCACUCGUUAUGGACUGGGCAAUUGGAGACUUGAAUUGCAAAGAAGCGCAGCACAUUACUGAAUAUGGAUGCAAAGGGAAUAGCCACUGCGUAGAUUCAGACACGGGAGGCUAUCGUUGCAGCUGCGAUCACGGCUAUCAAGGCAAUCCAUAUCUGGGUUGCAUAGACCCACCAAUUGGAAAAUUGAGUUGCGACGAAGCCAAAAAAGGCAGUGAAUAUGCAUGCCAUGCGAAUAGCCAUUGCUUAGAUUCGGACACCGGAUUGGGAGGUUACCGUUGCCGCUGCGAUAAUGGCUAUGAAGGAAAUCCAUAUCUUAGUCCAGGCUGCACAGAUAUUGAUGAGUGCAAAAAUCCAGAGACGAUGAAGUCAUGUGAACAACGAUGCAUUAACUUUCCGGGUGGAUUCAACUGUAGUUGUCUUGAAGGGUACUUCGGAGACGGUAGAAAAGGUGGUCAAGGUUGCAUUCUCAUCAAUAAAAAGCCAGCAGCUUCUUCAUGGGUUAAACUCUCUCUAGGGAUAGGAUUGGGAACUUUGGUCUUUGUUGCUCUAGCUACUUCACUAUCCUAUAUCAUCAAGAAAACAAAUGAUGCUAAAAUGAGGCUCAAGUUCUUUGAACAAAAUGGUGGCUUUUUACUAGAGCAAAAGAUCACCGAUGGAGGCAGUGAUGGUACAGACGUAACCAAAAUCUUUUCAGCAAAAGAGCUCAGGCAAGCUACCAAUAACUUUGCUCAAGACAUGAUUCUGGGUCAAGGUGGGAAUGGCAUUGUAUUUAAAGGAAUCUUAUUACCUAAUCAACUCCAAGUUGCUGUUAAAAGAUCAAAAACAGUGGAUGACACUCAAAUUGAGCAGUUCAUCAAUGAGGUGGUUAUUCUUUCUCGAAUCAAUCAUCGCCAUGUUGUCAAAUUAUUGGGAUGUUGCUUGGAAGCUGAAGUUCCUUUGCUAGUAUAUGAAUAUAUCUCUAAUGGAACUCUGUAUUACCAUAUCCACGGGGAAGCUGGUGGAUCGGAUUGGUUGUCAUGGGAAAAUCGUCUGAGAAUUGCAAUUGAAGCUGCGGGUGCACUUGCUUAUCUAUACUCAUCUGCAUCCACACCUAUAAUCCACAGGGACGUCAAGUCCGCCAACAUAUUGAUUGACGAAAAUUAUACCGCAAAAAUCUCGGAUUUUGGGGCUUCUAGGUUAGUCCCAUUGGAUCAUACGCAUGUGGCAACACUAGUCCAAGGUACCCUCGGUUAUUUGGAUCCGGAAUACUUCCAAACGAGUUUGUUGACAGAAAAGAGCGAUGUAUACAGUUUUGGAGUUGUCUUGGCUGAGCUUCUAACAGAAAGGAAACCCGUGUCUCCAUAUAUGAGUGAGGAGGACCGGAACUUAUCAUCAUUUUUCGUUCGAUCCUUGAAUGAGAAUCGUCUGUUUCAGAUAAUUGUGCCUAGACUGGUAAGGGAGGGGACACUGGACCAACUUCAAAGAAUUGCAGAGCUUGUGAAAAGAUGCCUUCAACUAAAGGGAGAAGAUAGGCCUCAAAUGAAGGAAGUAGCCAGCGAACUUGAACGCAUAAGAAACUCUACUAAAGUUUCUUGGACUACCGAGUCCUCUUGUCUUUUAUCUGCAGAGGAUGAAUCGUUGGAUCUUUAUGCAGCUCCAAUUAACCAGUAGUGGAUGCUCCUUAUACGGGAGCUUCUUUAAUUUGCAUGUAUUGCAACCAUAUGAUAAGGGCUACUUGCCUACUUCUUUUCGGACAGUUAUGUGAUA